AUGGCCGCUUCGCGACCUCUUGUUACUGUUUACGAUGAAAAAGGUCAAUCAACAGGAAGUUCAGUUGUAUUACCUGCCGUUUUUCGUGCACCAAUUCGUACAGAUAUUGUCAAUUUUGUUCAUGAUCAAAUGAGACGCAACAAACGACAAGCACAUGCUGUUAGUGACAAAGCUGGUGAACAAACAUCAGCUCAAUCAUGGGGUACUGGCCGUGCUGUAGCUCGUAUUCCACGUGUACGUGGUGGUGGUACGCAUCGAUCUGGUCAAGGUGCUUUUGGUAAUAUGUGUCGUGGUGGUCGAAUGUAUGCACCAUUAAAAGUUUGGCGUAAAUGGCAUAGAAAAAUAAAUUUAAAACAACGACGUUAUGCACUUGUUAGUGCUAUUGCUGGUUCGGGUGUUCCAUCACUUGUCUUAGCUAAAGGUCAUAGCAUUGAAACUGUACCAGAAAUCCCAUUGGUUUUAACCGAUAAAAUACAAGAUUUGAAAAAAACCAAAGAUGCAGUUGCUCUUUUACGUAAAGUUGGAGCUUGGUCCGAUAUUCUUAAAGUUUAUGCAUCAAAACAUACUCGUGCUGGUAAAGGUAAAAUGCGUAAUCGUCGAACAGUUAUGAAACGUGGCCCAGUGGUUGUCUAUGAUAAAGAUAAUGGUGUUAAAAAAAGCUUUUCGUAA